ACAUAUAAUUGAACGAUCGAUGGAAGAGCUAGAGCUAUAUAGAGAGGAAAACAAAAAAAUAAAACCCUCAAAGCUAGUCAACCCCACAAGUAAGAAAUAUUACUAAGUAAAUAUUUGAAAGGGACAUAUUGGUUUCUUCUACCUCUUCGAGAAAAGCAAAUAGAGACCUAAAAGCUUCAACAAUGUUUCGUUUUGGUGCUCACACAAGGAAAGAAGACAGACAAAGCUAGCUAAAAAGAAAGAAAGAUAGGAUUUUUUUUCCCUUGAAUAUUAAGAUGGUUUUAUUUCUCUAGAAUAAUCUUUAGUAGGUAACUGAUGGCUGGAAACCCUACAAAUAACUGGUGGAGUAUGAUGAUGAACGGAAGCAUCAUGCAUCCCAAUCAUGAAUCUCAGCAGUUUUCUUCUUCGUCGUCGUCGUCGUCGUCGUCUCAGCAUUUUUAUGGAUCUUCUAAUUUUUUGGCUGAUAUUAAUAUUCCAAGCCAAGAUUUCCCUCGCUCAUGGAGCCAGUUACUUCUGUCUGGAUUAUCUGGUGAACAAGAAAAGUCUGGUAUGAGUCAUUUUCAUCAGUAUAAGAAGCUGCAGGAGAAGUGGGAAGAAGUCCAAAGUUUGAAUUCCAUCAAUCCAUCAUCUUCUUGUUUUAGGGUUCCUGUUGUUGAUGUAAAACCACAAGUAGUGGGCCAAGUAUUGUACAGUAAUUACCAAGAUUUUCCAGCAGCUUCAUCACCAGCUAACUCUUGUGUUACCACAAAUUUAAGCCAUGAUAUUUUGAAUUUUUCUGGUAAUAAAAUUACCAGUAAGGUGGAAGCCAAGCAUCAACAUCCAGAUCAUUCAUCUGAGUGUAACAGCACAAGCAGUGGAGGGGUAACUAAGAAGGCUAGAGUUCAGCAUUCCUCAGCUCAACCAUCUCUCAAACUGCAGGUAAGAAAAGAGAAGCUAGGGGAUAGGAUAACAGCACUCCACCAACUUGUUUCUCCAUUUGGAAAGACUGAUACUGCCUCCGUCUUGUCAGAAGCUAUUGGCUACAUCAGAUUCCUUCAGGGUCAAAUUCAGGCAUUGAGCUCUCCAUACAUGGGCAAUGUAGCAGGAAGCAUGGGUCACACUCACCAACAAUCUGAUUCUCAGCAUAGAGUCAAGGAUUUGAGGAGUAGAGGACUGUGCUUGGUUCCUAUAUCUUGCACACAACAUGUUGGAAAUGACACUGUUGGCGAUUAUUGGGCUCCAGCACUAGGUGGAGGAUAUUUAUAAGAUCAAAUAAUUAUAUUGUUCGGACUCUCUAAAAUAUUUUCGCGAAGAGAUCAGACACGCACCUGACGAUAAUUUAAAGAGUGCGAACAACAUAAAUCACAAGCCAAAUUAACGUUAAUGAUGAUGAAGUGAUGUAUGAUGUAAUAUAUGAUAUACCAUCAGAAGCAGUCACUCUCAAUAUAUGCUGCUGAAGUCAGGGCUGACUGUUGCUGAUGAUAUACAUUUUGCAUUUCUAGGUAAGUGUGUAGGAACAAUGACAUGGUGGUAUUUUAUGGUCAAUAUGAUCAUUUUAUUUCAUGAAUAAUUAUAAACAGUAUAAGCUAGUUGUAUAUGUAUCAAUUGCUAGGAUAAAGAAUAUUGAACUUUCUUUUUCAA